AUGGAAUCAUUAUGGCCAAGAAACCAGAACAAUGCUACACCUGUAACAUCUAAUACACUUUCAACAUCUCAUGGUUCAUCAUUUCCAAAACUUGUUCAGCUCCAAAGGCCUUCUUAUACUAAUCAGAACCACCAUAAUCACUCUAAUGCUCAUGCACAACCUUCUGUACACAUGCUUAAAUAUUCUUUUACCUUUUGGUACAUGAAUCGUACAUUUGGAAGCAAAAUUAAAGAUUAUGAGUCUUCAUUGAAAAAACUAAUGACAUUUUCAUCUGUUGAAGAAUUUUGGUCCAUUUAUGCCUAUCUUAAACGUCCUGAUACGCUUCCUGUUAUUUCAGAUUUUCAUCUAUUCAAGGAAGGAAUAAAGCCUAUUUUUGAGGACUCUGCUAAUCAAAAUGGUGGAAAAUGGACUAUACGUCUUCGGAAAGGUGUUGCAGUUCGCUAUUGGGAACAAUUAGUGAUGGCUAUUGUUGGAGACCAAUUCUGGAAUAUUGGAGAUGAAUUAUGUGGUGCAGUUCUUAGUAUUAGAAAUUCUGAAGAUUUAAUAAGUGUGUGGAACAAAAGCUCUGACAAUGGAAGAGUUAACUUAAAAAUCCGAGAUUUUAUAAAGCAAGUUCUUAAUCUUCCUCCUGAUACAAUCCUAGAAUAUAGAGGCCAUAAAGAUUCUCUUAUAGAUACAUAUAAUCAUCAUACAAGUGAUAAAAGCCCGCAUCCUUAUGAAAAAAAUAAGUAUAAUUAA